AGUAAUAAGCCUGAACCUUAGACUAAAGUGAAAACGGCGCGCCAUUGGUGUCGGGAGGACCGUAACAUGCGCCAGGAGGUCUGACCCAGCGAGCCUCACCUGAGAGUCGGCGCACCUGCGGCACCUGCGGCGCCGGGACAGCGACAUGUUCCCCAACUCCCUCAGCAGCCAGUACAUCCCGCCCGGGUAUGACUUCAGCGGGUCCUAUGAGCCGUCGGCGGGCCCCUGGGGGGCCGUGUACCCGCAGCGGGAGGAGUUCCCCUACAGCUUCCCGGGGUCGAGCCCCUGCGCCGGCCAGCUCAGCUUCAGCCCCGCGGAGCUGAGCUGCGCCCCCUCGGCCGCUGGAGGGGGGUCUCUGCCCCCCUACAGCUUCAUGUCUGGGCAGGACCCCUUCAGCUCCAGGAGGAGACCUGAGCCCACCAGACACACACUUUCAGGAGGGAAGACCCGGACCAAGGACAAGUACAGGGUGGUGUACACUGAUCACCAACGGCUGGAGUUGGAGAAGGAGUUCCAGUACAACCGCUACAUCACCAUGAGGAGGAAGUCCGAGCUGUCAGUGACACUCAGCCUUUCUGAGAGACAGGUGAAGAUAUGGUUUCAGAACAGACGUGCCAAAGAGAGGAAGGUUAACAGGAAGAAGCUGCAGCAAUCCCAACAGGCCUCCACCACGACUCCCACUCCGCCCGUACUGGCUGGACACACUGACGUCACCACGAGCCCCAGCACCAGAAGCAACAUGAUGUCGGACUUAAAAGCAGAGGACUACUAGCUCCACGACUCGUGCAGAUGCCGGCGAGGACGUCAGUCGCUACGCGUUCAGACAUUAAUAUGACUGCGAUCAGAUCAACACACUGUCACUUUUGUGGCCAGUGCUUUUUUGCUUCAUAACUGUUUUGUAAUUCUCAAUGAUACAGCAUUUUACACAUGAUGUUUUCUUUUGUUUUUUGUUUAUGUCAAGAAAGGUUAACAUCUCAGAGUUAGUUAACAGAAUGAUGCAGCUUGUGUUUCUGCAUCCUCAGGUGGAGGAGAUGAUUAGUGAGGGUUUUUUUCACAUAACAAAACACUAUUAAAUAUUGAAAAUGUAGCUUCAGAGAUAAAAGGAAAAAAAAAACACUGAUAUUUAUUUUAAGGGAAUAAAAUUGUCAUCUCAAUGUCCAGGAAAUAGAAUGAGUCCAAAGCCAAAAUGGUCUCAAAGAAGGAAGAAAAACUGAUUUUUAGAUGCAUCAUAACAACGGAUUAAUCAAUAAUAAAAAUAGUUCUUCAUAUCAUGCGUCCAGUGCUUUGAGAGCAUGUUUUCCUUUUUUCAUUCAUUUGUCAAGAAGGCGAUAAAAUCAUCAUGUUUAAAAAUGGCCCGGUCGGAAUUUGAUGCUCAGACAGCAGAGUUAAGCCACAUCCUGAAAAACACAUGCACGAUUGCUCAAGCACAUGACAUGUGAUGUAGAGUCAGCGUGGCAGCAAGGCGUGCUUCACUCAGCGGCGCUGAAGUCUAAUAAGUCAUUUUAAUAGGAAAUGCUUUUGGUUUCUCUGCAGUCUUCGGGGGCCUUGCUGUAAGCAGCCUAUAUGUAACCUGCUUUACAUAUGUGGGAAAUAUUAACAUGCUUUGGCGUGCUUCAGUGGUCAGUUUCAAAAGGAAAAAGGAAGAAGGAAGAAGUUAUAUUCCAUGCUGUGUUAAUGCAGUCUGACCACAGUCUGAGAAGGAUUACAGAAUAAAACAAACAAAAAACAGUAUAGCAAAAAAAGAAACAGCAACCACGGCCAUCUUUUCACAGUGGCCUGUCGCCACGUUCAACAGUUAAACCCGAGAGGGCUUGGACGGAUUUCAGUUCGACUCGUGCUGUCUGUAAAACAUCUUCCUCUGUAGUUUUAUGAAAUAUUCAACUAUGUUUUUGUUCAGAGCACAAGUAACAACUUCUGCAUCAGUCUGCUUCCAAUAUCUUAUGAAACAUUUCCACAGUCCUGAUCAUUCACACCACUGAUAAAAACACUGACAUUAUACUGUAUACCUUUAACUUCAACUAAUAUGAUCAUUUCAUGAAACUACAGUCUAAGACAGUCUCAUUCUUGUCUGAUGACUUUUGAAUUUCUUUUGGUCACACUGCCUUCCUUAACAUUCACACUGUUUUACAAUAAAAAGCUGAACUGUAAGAAUACCGAAUUUAUUAUAAAGUAAAUCAAACAACCUUGAA